AUGAAGAAGACAGUUACUCACUAUAAACAGUACCCACCCAACACAAGCAAAGUUUAUUCCUACUUUGAAUGCCGUGAAAAGAAGACAGAAAACUCCAAAAUAAGGAAAGUGAAAUAUGAGGAAACAGUAUUUUAUGGGUUGCAGUACAUUCUUAAUAAGUACUUAAAAGGUAAAGUAGUGACCAAAGAGAAAAUCCAGGAAGCCAAAGAGGUCUACAAAGAACAUUUCCAAGAUGAUGUCUUUAAUGAAAAGGGAUGGAACUAUAUUCUUGAGAAAUAUGAUGGGCAUCUUCCAAUAGAAGUGAAAGCUGUUCCUGAGGGCUCUGUCAUUCCCAGAGGAAAUGUUCUCUUCACAGUGGAAAACACAGAUCCAGAGUGUUACUGGCUUACAAAUUGGAUUGAGACUAUUCUUGUUCAGUCCUGGUAUCCAAUCACAGUGGCCACAAAUUCUAGAGAACAGAAGAAAAUAUUGGCCAAAUAUUUGUUAGAAACUUCUGGUAACUUAGAUGGUCUGGAAUACAAGUUACAUGAUUUUGGCUACAGAGGAGUCUCUUCCCAAGAGACUGCUGGAAUAGGAGCAUCUGCUCAUUUGGUUAACUUCAAAGGAACAGAUACAGUUGCAGGAAUUGCUCUAAUUAAAAAAUACUAUGGAACGAAAGAUCCUGUUCCAGGCUAUUCUGUUCCAGCAGCAGAACACAGUACCAUAACAGCUUGGGGGAAAGACCAUGAAAAAGAUGCUUUUGAACAUAUAGUAACACAGUUUUCAUCAGUGCCUGUAUCUGUGGUCAGCGAUAGCUAUGACAUUUAUAAUGCGUGUGAGAAAAUAUGGGGCGAAGAUCUAAGACAUUUAAUAGUGUCAAGAAGUACAGAGGCACCACUAAUAAUCAGACCUGAUUCUGGAAAUCCUCUUGACACUGUAUUAAAGGUUUUGGAUAUUUUAGGUAAGAAGUUUCCUAUUACUGAAAACUCAAAGGGCUACAAGUUGCUGCCACCUUAUCUUAGAGUUAUUCAAGGGGAUGGAGUAGAUAUUAAUACCUUACAAGAGAUUGUAGAAGGUAUGAAACAAAAAAAGUGGAGUAUUGAAAAUGUUUCCUUUGGUUCUGGUGGAGCUUUACUACAGAAGUUAACAAGAGAUCUCUUGAAUUGUUCCUUCAAGUGUAGUUAUGUUGUAACCAACGGUCUGGGGAUUAAUGUCUUCAAGGACCCAGUGGCUGAUCCCAAUAAAAGGUCCAAAAAGGGCCGAUUAUCUUUGCAUAGGACACCAGCAGGAAAUUUUGUUACACUUGAGGAGGGAAAAGGAGACCUUGAAGAAUAUGGUCAUGAUCUUCUCCAUACUGUCUUCAAGAAUGGGAAAGUGACAAAAAGCUACUCAUUUGAUGAAGUAAGAAAAAAUGCACAGCUGAAUAUUGAACUGGAUGCAGCACCUCAUUAGACUUUGUUUUACAACUGGGUGUGUGUUGUGUGUGCGUGUGUAUGUAUACACCUGUGUGUGAGUAUGUAAUACAUGUUUAUUGUACAGAUAUAUGGGGUUUCUUUGUGUUUUAUGAUACAUUACAGCCAAAUUAUUUGUUGGUUUAUGGACAUAUUGCCCUUUCAUUUUUCCCCCAGUGUUUAGGUGAUCUCAAAUUAGAAAUGCACUUAACUAUGUAAGAGAUUAAUGCUAAAGUAAGCUUUUUAGGGCCCUUUGCCAAUAGGUAGUAAUUCAAUCUGGUAUCUUUUCACAAAUAACAGAACUAAGAAACUUUUAUAUAUAACUGAUCACAUAAAACAGAUUUGCAUAAAAUUAUCAUGAUUGCUUUAUGUUUAUAUUUAACUUGUAUUUUUGUACAAACAAGAUUGUGUAAGAUAUAUUUAAAGUUUCAGUGAUUUAACAGUCUUUCCAACUUUUCAUGAUUUUUAUGAGCACAGACUUUCAAGAGAAUACUUGAAAAUAAAUUACAUUGCCUUUUGUCCAUUAAUCAGCAAAUAAAACAUGGCCUUAACAAAGUUGUUUGUGUUAUUGUACAAUUUGGAAAUUAUGUCAGGACAUACCCUAUAGAAUUACUAACCUCACUGCCCCUUGUAGAAUAUGUAUUAAUCAUUCUACAUUAAGGAAAAUAAUGGUUCUUACUGGAAUGUCUAGGCACUGUAUAGUUAUUAUAUUCCUUGGUCAUUGUAUUGUACCAGUGAAAUGCCAAAUUUCAAAGGCCUGUACUGCAAUUUUAUAUGUCAGAGAUUGCCUGUGGCUCUAAUAUGCACCUCAAGGUUUUAAGGAGAUAAUGUUUUUAGAGAGAAUUUCUGCUUCCGCUACAGAAUAUAUACAUAAAUGUAAAAUAUUGACAAAAGUGGAAGUAGUGUAUUUUAAAGUAAUUACACUUCUGAAUUUAUUUUUCAUAUUCUAUAGUUGGUAUGACUUAAAUGAAUUACUGGAGUGGGUAGUGAGUGUACUUAUUUUAAAUGUUUUGAUUCUGUUAUAUUUUUCAUUAAGUUUUUAAAAAAUUAAAUUGGAUAUUAAAUUGUAUGGACAUCAUUUAUUAAUUUUAAACUGAAUCCCUCAAUAAAAGUCAAGUAAAUUCUUAAAUGAGUAAAUUAUCCCAGUGAAAAGCAUGAUGGCAUUGAAUUUCAAAAGAAGAAAUUUAACUAAAAGCAGAAAGUUGGCUAAAUUCAAAGUGCUUGAUAUCAAAAUAUUCUAGACUGAUUAACUGAAUCAGUUAUCACAUCUGACUAGAGACCAGUUUCUUCCAAAUGAUUUUUAUAUAUAUGUAGGUCUGCUCUUUUAAGGAAAGUGGAGCUGGCCAUCGGUGGCCCGAAGGCGAAAUUUGGACUGCUCUUUUCUUACGAAGGCAUACUGUACUGGCAGCAGGAAUUGAGUAGUUGCAAUAGAGCCCAAAUGGUCUACAGAACCUGAAGUGUUUACUAUCUGGCCCUUUACUCAAAAUUACACAAGAAGUCUCCCAACCCCUGUUCUAAGAAGAAGAGUGCCUUGCAUUUUAAGGGAAAGUUGGUUUCCAGCGAAGGGAGGCGGCUAAAUAAUUGAUGUGGAGUUUACCUCUUUUGGCCUUUCUUUUCUCAUUUAAGAACCUGAUACUGGAGGGCUGAUUUAGAAAAUUUUUAACAACUUAACAUUAAAUGUGAAAUUGUAAAAUUGAAAAGCCAUAAGUCAUCUGUCUUAAACAGUAUGAGAAAAGUUUUAUCAUUAAAAUAAUUAGGGUGAGUUAUUUUCAUUAAAUGUCUUUUAUAAGUGGAAUAUAGGUUUUCCAGAUGAUUCUCAACACUUACUUAGUGAGAACAAUGAACAUAAUUCACUUUGAGUAAGAGUCUUCAUCCUGUAAUCUCCGAUAAAAAUAAUUUUAAGGUUUUUAAAAAAUGUAUUUAAGUAAAGAUUAGUAGUGUUAAAAAGACCAAACCUUUCUUCACAAAAUGUACUAAGGAACUUAUAAAAAUUUUUUUUUAAGUAUACUUAUUACCAAUAACAACUUGGAUAACCACCCAUCAUUUUGUAUAUCAGCUGUUUAAACAUUGGAAUUAUACUGCAGACAGUAUUUUUGUGUUCUGCAAAUUUCAGCAGCUUCAGAAUAGAGGAGUUUUAUUUUGAAACUUUUAGUGAAUGCUAAAAGCUGUACAAUUGUUCACAACCACAUAUUAGGAGGUAGAAUUGGUUAACCCUAUUAGCUCUUAGCCACUGAGAACUGAUUAAUCCUGUCACUCAGCACUGAGUAUUCGGCUGUCCCCAUUCUGAGCCUCAAAUGGUUAACAUGAAUGUCAACUAGAACUCUGCUGUGUAUCACCCUUAAAUCAGUCUAACUCUUCCAGACAAAAGCAAAUGACAUUUAAGGGUUUAAAUCAUUAGCUCUAUGGUUGACAUUAAUCCCUCCUUGAUUCAUAUCAUCAUCAAGUAUUUAUAUUUUAAAUAGGAGGUAGAAGUUCUGUGUUAAGGCACUUUAUUUGUACACUAAAAGUAAAAUGGUUUCUAUGAUUAUCCCUUAUUUCCUUUUUUGAAAUACAUUGUUAUACACAAAUUUUAUAAUGAAAUCCACCUUGGAAAAUUAGAAAGGGAAAAAUGGCAAGGCAUUUAUUGUUCUGUUUGCCAUAACUUAGAACUCACACUUAAACAAGUGCUUUAUAGUUUUACAUUCCUUUUUAACCCAUUCAGUGGAGAAUGUCAGUUUUUCUCCCAAGUUGUAUGUUUAUUCUAAUAUGUACUCAACACCAAGUAUAAAGAUGUAAUGAACAUGGAAAUAAAAUUUAGCUCUAUUA